AUGCUGUCCGCUUUGGCCUUCGCGUCCGGGAUGGCUUUCUUGGCUGCGCAGAGGGGCGGACGCACCCUGCGGGUGCAACGAGCUGCAACUGCCGAUGCGGUCCAGGUCAAGGGCGAACUCUCUCCGCUGUUUGACUACGUCUUGAUCAAGGCGAAGGAAGCCGUGACCAGCACGAAAUCCGGGCUGUUGCUGCCGACCUCCUCGGAGAAGCCCAGCGAAGGCGAGGUGGUGGCAGUCGGUCCGGGUGCCGUGCAGGAAACCGGAGUGCAGGUGCCCGUCUGGGCGCAGGUCGGCAUGAAGGUGCUCCAUGGCAAAUACGGCGUGGAAGAGGUAAAGUAUAACGACGAGGAUCACGUCCUUGUCAGGGACGACGAUGUCCUUCUCAGCUAUUCGGGCGACGAGCCCACCCUGGAGAGCAUUCAGAUGCCGAGGGGGAAGGUGCUGCUGAAGCUGCUGGGCGACAAAGAAGAAUCACAAGGUGGUAUUCUGCUGUCAAAGGGUGCUGCGAAGCCCGAUACGACGAUCGGUGAGGUCGUUGCUGUCGGUGAGGAUGCUCUCGACAGCUUUGGCAAGCCCAUCGCCGCGGACCUCGCUGUCGGAGACACUGUUCGUUUCCGUUUUGGCAACGAGGUCAAGCUCGACCUUGGGAAAUCCGAGUUCCGCUCCGUGGAUGUCUCCGAGUGCCCGGGCCCCUGCGACCAUGUUGCCGCUUGCAUCCGCAGCGUCUUUCAAAGGGAAGGCUCCAAUGCACGUGCCACGACUCCACAACUGGAGCUAGAGCCUCUUUGCAUCUGUAACUGGCUCGGGAGGCACAAGGCACUUCUUGGGGGCCCCGAGAUCUUCAAGGAAGGCGCAGGCGAAGACCGAGGCGAAUUCGCCCGGCUGCAGGCCUUCAUCGGAGCUAUAGCCAUUGGCGACAUGGUGAAGUCCACCCUGGGACCAAAAGGCAUGGACAAGAUCCUGCAGCCUGCUGGCCAGGGACCCGGGUCCAAUGCCACUGUGACCAACGAUGGAGCCACGAUCCUAAAGUCCGUCUGGAUCGACAACCCUGCAGCCAGGAUUUUGGUCGACAUCUCCAAGACACAGGAUCAGGAAUGUGGCGAUGGCACGACAUCAGUUGUGGUGCUUGCAGCUGAGAUGCUGCGAAAUGCGCAGAAUCUAGUGGAGGCGAAGAUGCAUCCCCAGGUCAUCAUCCGAGGCUACCGCAUGGCUUUGGCAGCCGCUCGGGCCAAGCUAGAGGCACUGGCAAUGGACAACGGCAGCGAUCCCGUGAAAUUUCGCGAGGAUCUCUUGAGAAUAGCGAGAACCACUCUGAGCUCCAAGCUGCUGCAGCACGAGAAGGACCAUUUUGCGACGCUGGCCGUCGAUGCAGUUCUUCGUCUGGGUGGCAAGCCAAAUUUGGACUACAUCCAGGUGCUGAAAAAGCCCGGGGCCUCCCUGAAGGACUCCUUCCUGGAGGAGGGGUUCAUCCUGGAGAAGAGGAUUGGUGUUGGCCACAAGAAGCUGCUCGAAGAUUGCAAGGUUCUGGUAGCAAACUGUCAAAUGGACACGGACAAGAUCAAGAUCUAUGGUGCCCGGGUGAAGGUGGACUCCCUGGAAGCCGUGGCAGAGAUCGAGCAAGCCGAGAAGGAGAAGAUGAAGGCAAAGAUAGAGAAGAUCGCCGCACACAAGUGCAAUGUCUUCAUCAACCGGCAGUUGAUCUACAACUAUCCUGAUCAGUUGCUCAAGGAGUCGGGGGUCAUGGCGAUCGAGCAUUCGGACUUCGACGGUUCCGAGCGCUUGGCCGCUGUUCUCGGAGCAGACAUUGUCUCCACUUUUGAUAACCCAGAGCUGACGACGCUUGGCACGUGCAAAAAGAUCGAAGAGAUCAUGAUUGGGGAAGACAAGGUCAUCAAGUUCUCUGGCUGCUCCAAAGGCGAAGCUUGCACCAUCGUGCUGCGAGGCAGCUCCACGCACGUCUUGGACGAGGCCGAACGCUCCCUGCACGAUGCCCUGGCAGUGCUGUACCAGACAGUGCAGGAGACACGAGUCGUUUGGGGCGGCGGCUCCAUGGAGAUGGCCAUGGCGCAGGAGGUGCAGCAGAAGCUCACUGAGGUGGGCGGCAAGGAGAGCGCAGCCAUGGAGGCUUUUGGCAAGGCCUUGACGCAGAUCCCAGUCAUCCUCGCCGACAAUGCUGGCCUGGAUUCGGCGGAGCUGGCGGGGCAGCUGCGAGCAGCGCACGCCAAAGGAGAGCACUCCACCGGCUUGGAGUUCACCUUCGGUGGCGUGGCUGACAUGAAGCAGCUGGGCAUCAUGGAGUCCUUCAGGAGCAAGAUGUCGCAGCUCUGCUCUGCGGCAGAGGCGGCAGAGAUGAUCAUCCGAGUGGAUGACAUCAUCAAGAACGCGCCACGGCAGCGCGAUGGCUGA